GUCUACGGCGGCUGCAUGAGCGAGAGUCAGUGUCUGAGUAAUGUCGGAAAAAGACCAGAUGAUCAACAGAGAUUUGGACCCCGAGAUAAAGCGUCCUAUAUGCUGUAGCUGCUACACAGUUAUCAAGAUCAUUGUCAUCUCCUUUACUAUUGCCUUCGGUAUAGCAACCAUAGUACUAGCAGUACGACUACGUGGCUGCGACUCAAAGCCCAAGAGGGUGGUGCACCAACAGUGUAAUACGAGCUCUCUAGAUGACGCGGAGGUCCAAGACAUCAUCAUCGUCGGCGGAGGCCCCGCUGGAAUGUUUGCUGGUUACCGCCUCAAAAAAGAAAAAGGAUCACUACACAAAGUUCUAGUACUGGAGGCGACCAAUCGCAUCGGAGGACGACUGUAUUCAGAAAAAUUGCCGGGCAUCGAGUCCCACGUCGCAGAACUGGGUGGAAUGCGCUACAUUCCAGACAUUCAAACUUACACAGAAAAAGUGAUCAACGAAAUGAAUAUUGUUACCGUAACGUUUCCUGCGGAUGAAGAAAACGAGGCCAGACCAUAUUUACUGCGCAAUGUGUUUGUUCAGCAAAAGGAUCUUAAGACAGCAGGAAAAGCUGCUUACAAGCUAAACAAGGACGAAGAAGAUCUAACUCCUCGCCAAGUUGGAAGGAAAGUGAUGGAAGCUAUCGUACCAUCAGAUCAGAUGGAUCGGGAUCCAGAUAAGAUGAUGACAGUCGAUGGGUUUCCUCUGCUUCAUUACGGAACGUUGAAUACUUUCAACUUAGCAAAUGCCAGUGAUGACGCACACAACUAUGUCAGAGACGGAAAUGGAUAUUCAAUUGCAAAUAUUAACUACAAUGCUGCUACCGGUAUUGAAGAGACUCGAUUAACUACGGGCAUUGACGUAAAUUACAGUACACCGACUGAUGGAAUGGCAGCAAUACCAAUAACACUAGCAAAGCGGUUUGAAAGCUUGGGUGGCAGAAUUAAAAAGAAUACAACUGUAACUGCAAUAAUUGAGUGCAAGCACCAAAGCAAGGGAAACGUGUAUCAACUGACAACCUACAACUAUGAGACGCGGAAGAAGGUACGAUACUUUGCUCAUAAAGUUAUUUUGGCUGUGACAAGAUCACAGUUGAAGAGAAUACAUUGGGACGCACUGUGGACAUCUCCAAAGAGGCAAUUGGUAGAUGCGGUCAUAAGUCAUCAAGCUGCUAAAAUAUUUCUAGCGUUUGAAGAGCCAUGGUGGCGCAAAGAGAGUCUGCAAUACUUAAACCUGACUCAAGGUCGUUCCGUCUCUAGCCUUCCUACCAGACAAACAUAUUACUUCACUGCACCAAAUCCAGCUGUCAACAACCGCUCGUUCGUCAUGCUUUACAAUGACGGCCCGUUUGCUAGAUUUUGGGAAACUUUGGCUUCCGACUCUUUCAACAAGUUUCCCACUUCUAAUUCGGCCAUAUUUCCUAUGACUGACACUCUGGUAAAGGAAGCAGUCAGAGAGUUGGCUCUCAAUCACAACACAACAGAGAAAGUCAUUGGUCGGCCAUACUUCGGAUGGAUUAUGGUGUGGGACAAUGAUCUGCUACCAAGAAAAGUUGAAGGAUAUGGUCCUUACAUGCCAAGUGAGUCAUAUGCUUUGUGGGCUCCUGGAUACAACUACACAGAAGUAACGAGAAACAUUAUUAGAUUGGACGAGGACCAGGACAUCUUCAUCUGUGGAUCGGUUUACUCUAUUCAGCAGGGAUGGGUUGAAGGUGCACUACAGCAUGCUGAUACAAUGUUGACCACUUACUUCAAUCUUUCUUCCUACUUAUCGCCAUCUGAGAUGCAAGCAAUGAAAGAAUCGUAUUACGCCAAUAGAAGGGUUCCUUUCUAUCCGUAGCAUAUGAAAGUCUCAACCCUGCACGGUUUCACUAACUUAGCUAGAAAAACAACUUUAGACUAGUCGUGAUUGUGCUACUAGAUGGACGCGUCUUUGUUCUGCCUCAGGAUUAGAGUUUUGUGCCGUUUGACUUUGUAGGCUACAUUUAUCAUUUUAGGCUGUCGUCUUUGUAUAGCAAUUCAAUACUAAUAUCUGUGGGCAUCUUA